AUGGCCAAGGUUUCUGAUCCCACGCAAGAGUGCAAAGAGUACGGUCUCCCUUCUAGCGACGCGCUGUCGAAGAAAUACCCUGGCUCCGGCAUAGCCCACCUUGUUGACGGUGACGACGAGGCCCAUAAGGUCUGGAACGAGAUCCAACAGGCGAAUGUCAUCCCCAACGACGUGCCUACGAAGGGUGCGACGAAGGGCCACUAUGGUAUCUCGGACCAAGCCUCUGAUUCGUACGACAACGACAAGGAUCCCGACUGCUGGUGGACUGCCACUGGUUGCAUGAAGCCAAAGCACAAGGACCUGGGCCCUGAUGUGAAGGACUGCCCUGAACCUAACACUUGGGGUCUUACGUUUGAUGAUGGUCCUAACUGCUCGCACAACGCCUUUUAUGACUACCUCAACAAGCAAAAACUCAAGGCCACCCUUUUCUAUAUUGGUACCAACGUUAUUGAUCUUCCGCUACAGGCACAGCGUGGCUUUGCUGAUGGCCAUGACAUCUGCGUGCACACUUGGUCGCACCGUUACAUGACUACUCUGUCGAAUGAGCAGGUCUUCGCUGAGCUCUACUACACUGUGCGCAUUAUCAAGGAUGUUAUUGGAGUGACUACUCGUUGCUGGCGUCCUCCUUUCGGAGAUGUUGACGACCGUGUUCGUUCUAUUGCGAAUGCUCUUGGUCUCCGCACUAUCAUCUGGAGCGAUGACACCGAUGACUGGAACAUUAUCCCUGACGGCAAUGCUGCUACAGCGAAGAUCGACUCGAACUACCAAAAGAUUAUCGACAAGCAAACGCAGAACAAGCUUGAUGGAAAGGGUGUGGUUGUGCUCACGCACGAGCUUACUGAGAACACCAUGAACGAGUUCAUGAAAGAGUUCCCCAAGAUUAAGAAGGCGUACCAGAACGUCAUUCCCCUCACUGCAUGCCUCAAUGUUACUCAGCCGUACGUGGAAGACAACUACACGUACGCUGUGUUCAGUGACUUCAUUAAAGGUAACAUCAUGCCUAAGGGUCUUCCUGACAUGAACAGCAUGCCGAUCAAUGUCGCAUCCCAGAUCGACAUUACGCCUGAGAACAAGCAGACGGGUCCCGGUGGAUUCUCGUCCAAGUCCAAGCCUGCAUCAUCGCAAAGCUCUGGCUCCGGCUCAAAGAGCUCCGGCUCCGGCUCCAGCUCAAAGGGCUCCAGUCCGUCGGAUGGCUCUGAGGAUAAGUCUGCCAACAGCUCGAAUGGUCAAAACUCGGCUGUUGCCACGCGCACUACUAUUAUGACCAUUGCCAACUGUUUCACCAACUUCCUUGACAAGUCGGCACUGAACUCUCGAGAGAGCCACGUUGCCAAUCUCACGACCCCGGGUAAUGACUACCACGAAAAUGGAUAUGCGAGCAACGAACUUGGGCGCGAGUUUGAAAAGAGCGCCAUGUACGAUGGCCUUAGUGGUACUUCUUCGCUUACCAACUUGGACGACUGGCAAAUCUUCUAUGAAUCCGACAAGACACUGGCUUUGGUUGGUGUCCCUAACCACAUCAUCCCGUUCCACUUUACUCACAUCCAGUCGAGGGUCAUUGCCUUCUAUUGGGCCGGACGCAUGGCGGAGCUUCCACGACUCGAUCCUACGAUGCGCAUGACGGAUCCUACGAAAUGGACGUCCGUCGUGAAUGGCACCACCGAAGUAAAAAAAGGUGUUGUUCCUGUGCCGCACGAUGCUGAUACGCCUUCCGAGGAGGCCUACCUGGAGAGCAAGGCUCCCAAUGACUACGACGCACUGGUCGAGCGCGUCCGGCAGUUUGUUCAGGACAAGGAGCUACACGAGUACGAAGAUCAAUCUCGCGGGUGGUCCUAA